GGCACCAGCACUACGCUGCCGGCGUCGGCCGAGUUCCCUCUGGGCAGUUCCGCCUCAGGCUCCGGUCUGCGCAGUCGCGGGAGGCAGUGCAGUUUUUCCGCCCAUCGCCACGACAGCGGCUGCAUGGCGGGCGCGGAUUUGCGGGCGGCGCUCGAGCGGCGACUCGGUGCCCUGGCCAUCCACACUGAGGUCGUGGAGCACCCCGAGGUAUUUACAGUUGAAGAAAUGAUGCCUCAUAUCCAACAUCUGAAAGGAGCACAUAGUAAGAACUUAUUUCUUAAAGACAAAAAGAAAAAGAAUUAUUGGCUGGUGACAGUUCUUCAUGAUAGACAAAUUAAUUUAAAUGAGCUUGCCAAGCAGUUAGGUGUUGGGAGUGGAAAUCUGCGAUUUGCUGAUGAAACAGCCAUGCUAGAAAAACUAAAAGUUGGUCAAGGCUGUGCCACACCCUUGGCACUUUUCUGUGAUGGUGGAGAUGUGAAGUUUGUUCUGGAUUCUGCUUUUCUCCAAGGUGGACAUGAAAAGGUGUACUUUCAUCCAAUGACCAAUGCUGCAACCAUGGGAUUGAGCCCUGAAGACUUUCUCACAUUUGUGAAGAUGACAGGACAUGAUCCCAUAAUACUAAAUUUUGAUAAAAACAACUAACUGGGCCAAUGUUUAGAAUAAAUUUCUUUCUGAAA